UGAUCCACGCACGUGGUAUAAAAAGACUACAGAUAACCCCACGGCAGACGAUUUCAUGAGAGGUUUUUAUAAAUAUUAACGCUUGUCCGAUACUCCUUAUUACGGCAUAAGUCUCUAACCCCUCCCUCCCCGCUACAUUAAUGUAACAUGCCAUAUCCUAUCAUCCCCGUAAAACCUUAAAAACCUGAACCGCAUCGUUUGUGUGUUUGCUCGCCGCCAUCUUGAGAGUCUAAAAUUUUGCAAUCUUAAUUUUCUUUAAUUUCUCUAAGGUUUUUGUGCGCUCGCCCAAGACCGCUUUCAGUUUAUUAAGGGAAAGCGAUUAGUUGAAAAACGAUGUUCUGUGCUUGAGGGGCCUGCGGCAUGCAAGCGAAUAUCCAUCCUGGCGAGAAAGCCUCACCGCAAAUUGGACAAAACGCAACAAAACCACAGAAUAUGACAUUAGAACACUCGGAUGAAAAUCGUGACAGCGAAGAUGGAAGCGGCGAUAUCGAUCUUUCGACCAUCGAGUCCAGCGCCGAACCCAUGGAAGACUUUCGCGAAAGUAUUGAUGGAGAGACAACCGCUGGCCUUGAGGACGACCCCGAGCGCCACAAGGCCUAUGGGAACGAUAGCGGGGAAGAGGAGGAGCCUGGGUCGAAUAGUGAAAACGAAAAUGACGAGGUUCAAGAAAUGAUGCCAGAUGAAAUAAACGAAAACCACCCUUAAAAGUCUUCAAUUUAGACAACAGAGUGAAGAGAUGAUAAUGUAGCUAGCUGUAGGCACGUAUCGGCGCUAUGAGUAAGAAUGUGCAGUGUGAAAGAGGGAUAUUGUGGAUUUUAAUUUCCAGACAUAUUUCUUAAUAAUCAGUCAAAUGAAAAAAGAAUCGCCACGUAAUCGGUUCAUAAAAAUUACAUCUAAUCUUUGGAAUGCUGUAUGACAUUCUGCACAAGGCUAAAGCUUGUAAUAGUAUUGUAUUGAUAAAAAUAUUCAUAAUGGAACUUCUAUUAAGGGACAUGAAAAUUUAUCAUUAGACUAUUGACAACUUUUACAGCCAUAUUCACACCAGAAAUUGUGUUUUGUUAACUUUAAUGUACUGCAUAAUUAUCUAUAUUAUUGAAUGAGGGCUGCAUCCAUUUGGUUGAGCCAAUGAAUAAACUUAGUUAUUUUUAAUCUCAGUAAAGAUGAGGAGAGCAGGAUCCUAGACCCCUCAUCCCCCACUACUACCUCGAUCAGUCAACACAAAAGGUGUUCGCUGCUGGCUCCGCUUUUAGGUAGUGCCUAAAUCCAUCUUAAAUAAUAUCGAAUGGUUCAGAGUUGUUGGUAAGAAAUGUAGUGGAAUUGUAACAGAAAUGAAAUAACAUUGAAAGUGAUAAUAUUGUUAUUAAGAAAAUAUUUUUGUUUACAACCCAACAUUUUGUUCUUACCAAAAAAAUUAUGUUUUUCUUGUUCUUUUAGAACAUUUAUUUAAUUUCAUUUAUGAAGUGAAAUAAACUUAGUAGCUCCCAUGUUAAA